CGCGAUUUGACAUAUAGUAAUUCAUGUACUAUAAAAAGCCUGCGACUUUCAACAAGAGUCAUCAAACAUUUACUUACAGUUUUACAAAAAACACCCAAACAACAAAUAAUCAAAAAUGUUGAAAUACGCCGUUGUUCUCUUCGCUCUGAUCGCCUGCGCCGCCGCCAAGCCCGGACUCCUUGCCGCCGCUCCAUUGGCCUAUGCUGCUCCCGCCGCUGUCGUCGCCGCUCCAGCUCCCGUUGUGACCGCUACCAGCAGCCAAGUGAUCGCUCGCAACUACAAUGGCAUCGCCGCUGCUCCAGUUGUUGCUGCCGCCCCCGUUGUUGCCCGUUAUGCCGCUGCUCCCGUUGUUGCUGCCCCAGCUCCAGUGGUGACCGCCACCAGCAGCCAGGUGAUCGCUCGCAACUACAACGGUAUUGCUGCUGCUCCAGUUGUUGCUGCUGCCCCCGUCGUGGCCCGCUAUGCCGCCGCUGCUCCAUUGGUUGCCUCUCAUUAUGCUGCCGCUCCUCUAGCCGCUGCUCUGUGGUAAAUGUUGCUGAUAAUUUGAAAUAAACGGAAUUCGAUACAGAAA